AUGGAGUGUGGUGAAAAUGUGGAAGGUGGUCGUACUUCGCCGUCUGGCAACUUAAGUUCUCCGCGAGAACGUUCGAAUAGUGAUCCAGGUCGACCAGAAAGAACAAUUGUAAUGAAUGGAGGCAAUACUGUGCCCACAAGAAGGGCGCCAACCUUUUUAAAUGCUGCGGAAGUUGAUAGUUCUAACGUUCAUGGUGCCCGCUCCAGCCCAGCUACACCUCCUCCAGAACGACGCAACAAACUAGCUUUUAGUAUCAGCAGAUUAUUUCGUCCGUGGAAAUGGCGAAAGAGAAAGAAAAGCCAGAAGUUUAUUUCAACCUCGCAAAGUAAGAGAUAGUCAUUUCACUUCCUUCUUUGUUGGUUGAUUCUCACUGAUGACAGAAAUUGAUUAAGUGUAAUGCACUGCUCGCUGAUGAAAAUUUAGAAAACGUUAAUUUCGUCUUCAUGGGAAUAAGCGUAAGCUUAUAAUAACUCAAUCCUUCAACAGGACUUGAUCCAAUUCAUAUUGGAUUGCUUGCUUGCUUAUAAAAGAUACAAAGGCGUUGUUAAUUAUUAAGGUUAAGUGUCCAAGGAAGCGGGCUUGUCUUCGUUUCCUUACAUCUCCUCUCUUUUUUUGCAUUUACGUGGGUAACGCACAAAUAUUUAUGUUUGACAUACAUUGCCACGCUCGUCAGUAGAGUACCUCAGGCGAAGAAAAUGUGUUAGAAUUUUCGUGUAUUAAAUUAUCAGUUUGAAUUCCGGGCAAAGCGCAAAGACGCGUAAUAUUUAUGAGAGCGAAUUCACAAAUUGAAAGUGUCCAUUUGGUACGAUGAACGCUGAAGCUGAGCAAAUUUUCCCUCGAACUCCUGUUGUGCACGGUAUCGAAGUGAUCUUACCCUGGACGGUUUGCAUCCUGGGGUGUUAAAUUUUGAAAUAUCAGCCGCAAAAGGUUUAUUCUUGUAUGAUAAUUUCAAAUUCAUCAGGAAAAUCACACAUUUAUUUUAUCGAAGUUAAAUAUCUGAGAACAGGUUUGUAUGAAUCCUGUUUCGAUAGGUGAUUGAUUACCUGCAGUAAUAUGAAAUUUUAAGAAGUCGUAGCCUUUUCGAUCGUACAUUCCAACUGCUUGGUUCUGGUUGUGUUUAUACUCAUGCCUAUGGAUUAAUUAAUCACGCAGAAUCAAAGCGUCUUGAAUACUUGUUGUUUUGAAAGAAUCUUGAUAUAGUUAGAGGUCAAUGAUAUAUCUGUUAGGUCGCCACUACACGAUACUAAGACUGCUAAUUCUCUUUAAUCCCAGUUGUCUUGUUCUAGAUUAUUGAAAGUUUGAUUCGAAAAAUUUUCUCAGUUGUCUUGGUCUUUAUGCUAUUUAUUUCUGCCAAGAAAUAUUUUGACAUUAUUUGUUGUUGCAUAGUCCAUUUUUCUGGUGGAGCUCUCUGUCUCCAAGCAACUGCUUUAAAGAACUAUUUUGAUGUGUGCAAAUCAUGAUCCAUUGGAUUGAGCUUAACAGAUAGCUAAUCAUUUGGAUAGAUCUCUUCUAGAGAUCUACUAGGGAUAUUAACAAUUAUUGCCUUGUCUGGAGCUUUAUUGGAUUUUUAAAUGAAAUCAUUCAAAAAUAACAGGAUUAUAUUGAAACUUAGUACUCAUGGGAUUAUGUGAUUUGUAUGUCAUAUUUUCAUUAUUUUGAGCAAAAGACAAUUUCUUUCUUGAAGUAACAGUGCUAUGAAAUAACAGAUAUAUGCACGCCACCAAAAUUUUUGAUAAAUAAUAAGGUCAGAGACAGCAAGCAAAAAGAAGGACUGAAGUUUAUUUCACUUUAUCUGAACUAUCCUUUUACAGUAUUCCAAUAAAGAACCUUGCUUGUUCAAAGACAUUUUGUGGUAAAUCAGUAUCAAUAUAUUUCUCUCAUUCCACCUGUUGCCAGAAUUUUUUCUUUUGGCAGGAGAUUUUUGGAUACUACAUACAAUAAUGCUCAAAUUAGUUUUCAGCUUCAAACACUGGUACCUCCUUUAGGCUAAAAAUGUUAAUUAUUUGCCCCCUGUGAAAAAAAAACAACCAAUCCUGUCAUUGUCUACGGAGGGUGUAAAUUGCAGGUUACAGGUUGUAAGUUGCAUAGUGGCAACUUACAGAAUGCUUUAGGAGCACUUUAUGGGUACUUUUUUGAGAACAAAUAAUGUAAAGUCAUUGUUGUAUGUAGUAAAAAAGUUUGUGUUAUGUAUAAGCUGCACAAAUUGAGUUUGAGCCACAAAAUUGCUUUUUUUCUCUUGCUUUUGAUUGGUUAGUCUGUAUGUCAUGUUUUCCUGUUUAUUGUUACAGGUUUUGUUCUUUUAAAUCAAGACAAUGUGACCUCCCCUUUCUUGAACUUUGAAAACUUAAUAUCCCUGGUUGCUUAUUAUGUAGACAUUAUUGAGUGAAGCUAAGUAGGAUAUGAAGAAUUCUGCAGAGCGAGGUGGAUAACACUCUCUGAGAUCUGCAGAAUUCUACAUAUCCUACGAAUGCAGAAUUCAAUAAUUACUUUAUUGUUCAUUCAAAAUAGUUCAAGUUUAAAAACAAGCUAAAACAUUCUUACCUCCGUCGAUCUAUGUUAACUGAUAGUGCAUCUUUGUCGGGAAGUUUAGGAGAUAAAGGGCUCUUAAGGUCUGCAAAUAUACUCCAAAUAGCAAAUGUCGUUCUUGGCUUUGUCUUCUUGCUGUUCUUGCUAUGGUCUUAGACAAUAGUUCGCCUUGAAACGGGUAAAAAGUUUCACUGUUACUCACUUUGAAAACAACUCACUCAUCCCCAGGUCUUCUCGGUUAAUGGUUCAAUAAUCUGCAACUUUGCUGCUCUUUUGACAUCACCGGUUCAAUAUGACAAAAUUCUUCCAGAUUUAGUCAACAGUAGCUGGUUAUGAUGAAUUGUGUGUGUGAUUUUAGCCAAUCAGAAAUGAAAAAAUAUUUGGAAUGAAUAAUAAUGCAUAAUAUUUCUGGCUAACAUUGUUAUAAAGUUCAGCCUAAGCAAAAAUGGAUUUGGAUGUUUGAACAUAUUAAUUUAUUAAGUGACUUUUCCUGUCAUUGUUCAGAGGAACUCGACCUAAAUGACAACAAUCACAGUUUUAUUCAAAAUAUGAGUAAUAAAGUUAUUGGAAAGCUUUUCACCCACUUGUCAUAUAAGCCAUAGUCAAGGUGCACUUAAGAGGAAAAGUUUCAAAUUUACUAGACUGAAAUCAUGUACAAACAAUCAUUUCUUGGUUUUGCUGUGCAAAGAUUAGGCCUGUCUACCAAUCUCUUUUUGAGUAUUAAGAAUUAGCAUUGUUGUUGUUUUUUGAUUGAGUUUUCCUCCGACUGCUGUUAAUUAUUUUUUUAUUCCUAUUGUUUCUUUACAGAUCUGGAGAGAAAACUGUCUAUGCGUACAAACAAAGAGGAGUUGAUUAGAAAAGGAAUUCUUCCUGUGACAAUUGAAGGUAAUAUUCUUUAAGAUGAUUAAGACUCAUGUGAGAAGUUCUAAAUUUUUCGAUAAUUUAGUUAUUAAUGUUUAAAGCCAUCAACAAUAGAAGCCGCAAUUGAGCCUGCAAGGUGACCAUGACAACCCUGGUAGCAACACCCACCAGACACCAUCACACUGAGAAAUGUUGAAUACAUUGACUCUAUUAAGUGGACACCUUCGGGACCUUCCCAAGUGUCUGCUUAAUAGAGGUUUGUAAAAACUGGAAAUUUUUGUGUAUGAUUAACAUUCAAAAGUUAGGCUGUACUGUGAUAAAGUUCCAUGUUGUUAAGGACCCUAAGAAAGCUGUGCUGUACUUUGUGCAAGACAUUUACAGUGCAGGCCAGAAUUAAGUGAACAACGCAGACGUGAUGCAGAUACAUAAACGUGUCAGCUUGGACGCAUCAACGCAUCAGCGCUGACGCGUACAUAAGUCAGAUGAACGCGUCAGGCAGGAAAGAUUUGUCUUUUGUUACACUUAUGUCCAGAAAUGCAUGCAAUGGCGAAAAUGGCGAAACUGGCGAAAAAUCGCCAGCUGCUGGCGAUUUGAAUUGGAUGCCAAAAGUGGCCCCUUGGAGGCUGGCGAUUUUGGCGAAAAUGGCGAUUUUGGCGAAAUUGGCGAUUUUGGCAAAAAUCGCCAUGCAUGCAAUGGCGAAACUGGUGAAAAAUCACCAGCCUCUGGCGAUUUGAAUUGGAUGCCAAAAGUGGCCCCUUGGAGGCUGGCGAUUUUUGGCGAAAAUGGCGAUUUUGGCAAAAAUCGCCAGAGGGCUGGCAAUAUGUGGCAAAAUAUUCAAAUUGGAUGCCAAAAGUGGCCCCUUCAAAGUAGAUAACUAAAGAGGUCCUUAUAACUGUGAGGCAACAGUACUAAAAAAAAAGUUCAAAUUACUUGCCUAAUAAGAGGCCCCAAUAACUGUGAGGCAACAUUUAUCAAAUACAACUGAAUCAAAUAUAUGACAAAACAGCUUUACCUAACUUUCAAACGACAUUAUUUUAUUAAAUACAAGUGAAUCAAAUAUAUCUGAAAACAACAAAUGGAAGUCGUUUCAGUUAAGCUAAUAUGUAUUUGUGCCAUGUACUUCACAGGUUAAGUAAACAUUUCCUUACUUUCGAUGUCGCUUGACUUACCAAAAGUGAUGUGAUGCACUGAAAUAUCACACUAGCAUCAUUUGCCUUUGUAUGGUUCAUUCAUUUCAAAGACUUACAAGUCCACUAAUUACUCGAGGAGAGAACUACCAAGUCCGUGAAAUCAUAAUAAUUCCUUGCCAUGGACACUCUAACUUUUGAGGUUCGAUGUAGACCUUAACAAUCCUCACUGGUUACAAUUCUCUUCACAUUGGUUCCAUUAAAUUGUGAGGCAGCCUUAAAUCAAAAGCGAUUGCAAACGCAUGGUUCCUGGCUAAAAGAUGCUUUCACGAUAACCAUUGUGCGCCCUUCAUUCUUUUUUGGUUCUCCACUAUACACAUUAUCUUCUUCCGUCGUUUUUAAACUCUUCACUUUCUUCUCGCUGUCCAGCAGCUUGCAUGCGCCAUUCUGAAAUGUGAGAAUUCGCUUAUUUCCACUUUAUGUAAACCUGCACGAAAUGUCACGUGUGCCCCAUAUUUCACCGCAUUUAUUGAACAUAAACAUUGGAUCAAAGUAAUAACUUGUUUGUGUCUUUCAUAAAACAUAUCCCAUUCAAACUAAUUCUGUAUCUUUUCAUCAACCUAGAUAUAUAAAAAAAAGAGUGUACAUGUUUGUCUCGUUCUAAAAAAAAUGUUUCCCAUUAUUGCUUUAUGAGGUGGGGCCAGAAAUUUAGAAAAUGUAUUUUUUUGCGCUGAGACCACCAAACCAAUUCUCAGUACAAUAUGUUUUCCAUUAAAGACUAAUGCUAACUCGUUGAAAACCACCCGCCUUUUUACCUUCUAUUUUAACAAUUGCCUGAUAUGCUUUUUUAGAGUGACCACCAAAAUGGGAAUGAAAUUGUUUCCACUUACAUAAAGUAGUUAUCCAAAAUCAACUAUUUCAAAUGGCCGCCGCAUCUAUAUAACAACUACUUAAACCUUACAUGUUCAUGUUCUGUGAAACUGCAAUGAACCAGCUCGCCUUUUUACCAUUAUAACAAACAGGAUGGAUAUUUUACCAUCUAAUUAUCUGAAUGUGAGCCAAGAAUCAACCUGAUUCCUCAUAACAUAUAAUGUUGAACUGUCGCUAUUCAAACAAUGCCUACAAGCCUGGAAAAUUAAGGAUACCUAAGUUUUUGGUAAGAAAGUUGCCAUGAACAUUUUAAGAUUACCAUUUACUGAUAAUCGAAUUUCUGGCCAUUUGAUUUGAAUUGAGCAAAGAAAUUAGUUAUAAGUGGUAAGUCCGACCAAACACUCUUGUCUGGAGGUAAUUUCAAAUCCAAGAGGUUAUCAAUUAAAGGUAAAAGCAUUAAAAACAGAUUAAUGACACACAGUAGCGUUGUUAAUUUACAAAAAGAUUGAAAUUAUAUGAGGUGAAAUUAUACUAUGUCAAAACAUUUUAUAUUAAUAUGUGCUUACUAUUUACAGAUAACAGCCAUUUCAUAACAUUUGAGAUUGUCCAUUUCUGCCAAAAACACGUUUUUUUUUACCGUUUUUAACCAAAAAAACCAGUUCCCAAAAAUAUUCCAUAACGCCCUUUACAGAUUUCUGGCAUUUUUAAACUUCCCAUCUCAUUUGAACAGUUUCGAGGCAGCAUUUUGUAGCCAAAAAUUGCCACUUUCCAGUAAACGAAUUUUGUUUGAAGAACAUUUCUGCCAGUGCUGAGAAAUCAUGCUUUGCAAUCUCAUUUGAAAAUAGGUAUUUUGGUGAUUAAUUACCAUUUCAUUGCUAUGACAAUUUUCCGAUGACAUUGCAACCCUGAUCAUUUAACAAAAUUUUCAUCUUCAUCUAUUUUCGCCAAAACAACUUUGGUGUCAAUUUUUCCAAAUCUUUGUUUAUGGCGAUGUAGUUUACGCAUCUCAAACGGGAGGUAUUGACCCUGAAAAACUGUAGGGCCCCCCGAGCCAUCUCAUUUGAAUUUUUGUUUUAACAUUCAACAGUUAGGCUGUACUGUGAUAAAGUUCCAUGUUGUUAAGGACCCUAAGAAAGCAUUUGUGCUGUACUUUGUGCAAGACAUUUUGCAGGCCAGAAUUAUGAACAACGCAGACGCCGAUUUUGCAGAUACAUAAACGUGUUCAAAGGGCUUGGAGUAGUUUGCAUCAAUGCAUCAGCGCUGACGCAUUUUGCCAAAAUCGCCACUUAGCAAAGGGCCCUUUGCCAUCUCAUUUGAAUUUUUGUUUAAGUCAGAUGAACACGUCAGGCAGGAAAGAUUUGUCUUUUGUUAUGCACUAUAACAACUUUGCUUCAUGUGGCAUUGUUAUGAUAAACAAAACAAAUUCUCAGGUUUGAGGUAGCUCAAUAAUCCCUUGUUUAAUUAAGUGCACGAAGGACAUACAUCGAAAUAAAUUCCGUGACGUGGUUUCCGCUUUAUAUUAUGCAUUAAUUUGUCAGAAGAACACCAGCUGUUUUUAGAAACUUGAUCUGAAAUUUGUGUUAGAACUUUUUAUCAUAGACUCGAUGUGUAAUUUUUAAAUCAAAAGGUCUCUGUUUUAUCUUCCCAGUGAAAGAGUAAUCUCUCACUGCACUGUCAACCCAGGCUGUCGAGCACGCGCGAUUAUCACAUGUCACUGCUGGUGUGUUCUAAAAUUAACACUAUUUUGAUAGUGGUAGUGCUGGAAGUUUAAUAUUUGGAGCUUCUCGAAAACUUUUUGAGCAUUUACGUGAAAACCUGAAAUAAUAUAGUAAACACGCCUCUUCAGUUGAAGUUUCAUUGAUGUCUCUACAAACACUGACAGCAACAACAAGAAAGGAAAAAUUGUUGUCUUCAAGUGUGCACCACCAAGACUUGGAUAAAUAAUGUCCAUUGCUUGUCAUUGUGGCGUUGCAAAUGAAAAUUUUUGCUCGGUUUUGCUUCUACAAGGGCAAGCUAAAUUUAAUAUCCCUCUCAAUUUUCAAGCACUCGCCGCGUCGGCCAGACGACAAGCCCUAGUAAUGCGGUGCGGAGGACUAUAAUAUUUGUAACAUCUCCAGAUCUGUUGGGUCUUGAAAGUUCGUAUUCAAACGUUCCAGCAAUCCUUUUUAGUUUUAAAGACUUGAUUUCAUGACAAAAGCUUCAUCGAUGCACAUGGCAGUCUACUAACUAUAGUCUCAACAUCAACAAGGAAGAUCUUGUUUUUGGCUUUUGAUAUCCACCGCCGUAGCCAGUAUGAGGCGAACCGAGGCACUUGUCUCUGUAAAAUUUUAUGAAAUACUGUCGAUUUUUAUUUUUUUUAUCAGACUGAUAAUAUUAGAAGAUUUCAUAUGGCUGAUUUCGUACAACGGACCGUGUGUUCGCCUCGGUUGUAGUUUCUUCCUGGCUACGGCCCUGAUAUCGAUUGUGAUUUCUCUGAUGUGGACCGCAGUCCCGCGAAAAGAAGAAAAUAAAAUGUCACACAUUCCGUUUCUUUUGAGAGCUGGAAAUUUUAACUCAAAUUCAUGACCAUCUACUCCACAUUCUAAUAGCUAAAUGGGAAGAUUCUUGUGUUAUUGGUGUUUUCUUCGGCGUCUCUUGUGUUUGUUGUGAGUGAGUUCACGAUUUGCAAAAUGAUUAUUGCUACAUGAUAAGUAAAGAAUUAAAUGCAAAAUUGUCUUAUCUCCAGUGUAAUUAAAGUGUAACGUAUUUGUAGUUUAAACGUAUGUACAUUAUUUCGCUAGAAUACUUUGGAGAUAUGUUUCAAUGGAAAUCUGUUGUAAGUUCCGUGUCGCAUGUUGCAUGUAAAAUAUUUUUAGCGUGUGCCGAUCCAGCAGUUUCUUGCUUGUCGGUGAAACAUUUACACCUGUAAACAAAGAGAUAGCUCAUACAUACUAAUGAGACUAAAUGUGCACUAAAUGCAUUUCAGAGCAGACGUGUCAGUGUGUCAGCCUGAUGCAUGUUUGCGUCUGGCCCGACGCAUGGACUUGUUUUUCCAGACCUGUAUUAUGCAUAUAUUUUGGUUUGCUUAAUUCUGGCCUGCAUUCUAGGUGAACUUUGAUCGUGGAUGACAAUCAUAUGGCCGGAUAGUGGUCUAAUCUACAAAUUAUUGACAGCUAAAUGUAUUGAUUUAUCUUUAUUAGUGGACUACAGUACGUAUUUCAAGGACGUAAUCCAAUACUGCUAUUGUCAAUUCAGUCCGGUGUCCUCUUAAUAGAGGUUUUUAACAAUAGAAGUUAGACAAAUACAAUUUAUUUUAGUGUCCGUGUCCGCUUAAUAGAGGUGUCCGCUGAAUAGGAGUUCAUUUUAAAGGGAAAUAUAAGAUGUUUAUUUCUGGUCCGGGCUUAGUGUCCGCUUACUAGAGGGUGUUGGCUUUAUUGGGGCUCCCCUUAAUAGAGGUUUCACUGUACUUACUAAAAAAUAUCCAGAGGAAAGGGUGGGGGGUUGUGAGCAAAAACAGCGAAAGCUACAUUUACUGCAGACAAAAGCAGGGGGAGUAAAAUGAUUGACUUCAGCAAAAGAACUGGAAGAUUUCUAAAUCCCUGCUAAAGUCUAUGACCACCCCACUUACGCCAACAUUAAUAAGUUGACUGGUCACAACACCAAACAUUGCCCAUGCUGAAAUAUCAGAGCCACUGCAUCUUUAACUAAGUGACUUUUCAUAUCUUUAGAUUGUGACUGUCCAAAUGGGUAACCAUAUCACAGGUCAAACAGGUCAAUUUUGAUUUAACCUACUUCUAGCCCUAGUAGACAAAAGAAAAUUGUGACUUACCCUGGUACAAAAAUUUAAUCUGAUCAAAUUAAAUUCGACAUGUACAAUGUAACAACUCUUAUAUCUGCUAUUUGUUCAUCAGUGUUUGUGUUUGAUAACUGGAUGCCUUUAAAUACUGGACCUGAGCUAGAACCAAAAAUCAAGUUGUACUUCAGUUGGAAAUGUUGAUACAGUGACCUGCUCAGUGAGGGGAGAAAAAAUUGGUCUCUAAGAAAACGUUUUUGACCAGUUUAAACUGACCUUACUAGGGAAAACAACCCUUGACUUUCAUUACAGAUUUUUUUCCUGGGCAUUUAAAAGGCUUUAUUUUGGUGGAAAAUUGUUUGAGAAAACUUCUAGGAUUUUAGGAAUAGUUUGAAGGAAGUGGUAAAGUGGGACACGAUUUUUGAGUCAUUCUUACUUGCUUUUUUGUGUAUACUUUCUCUGGCGGUUUUGACUAAAUUUGCUCAUUUGCUUAUGAUUGAAAUAUCCCAUCACCCUGCACUAAUUAAAUUUAAGUGUUGUCUGUGACCGUUAAAACUGAUGAUGUCACACAUGGUACAAGAGAUAUCAGAAUCCACAUAAGCUGUUACAGGUUUCAAUAGGUUAAACCUAGAAAAUAAACAAAAAGAAACUGUUAGAUUAUUAUGAAUCCCUUCCAUUUAGAUUUGUUAUCCAAUGAAUGCUUUAUUAAUGUUUUAUGUAUUAUUUUAUGUCAGUGAAGGUUACUUUACUUACAGCUGUCUACAAGGCUAAUUUAUUGCUGCUCAAUGAACAUUUUCAAUGGCUCUUUGCAGCUGUAGUUAAUAACAAUGUCUUAUGCAGGGAUGUCACUACAUUUAGGUUUAUAAAUUCAUAGAAGGGGCAAUUUGUGUCUUUAAUAGCCAGGGGAAAUCCAUGGUUCCCAGUCCUCAGCCGUUAGCCCUUUUUUUUUUUAGGCAGAGUGAUAAUAAACCAUUUUACAGUUUUGGGCAAACUUAGUAACCUAGCCUCUAAGCCAAUAUGAGGCUAAGAUUGGCCUUGUUUUAAUACAAACCUCCUUUCAUUUGUUAUGGAAAUUUUGCAAAAAAUUUCCAGUUAAAAGGAGAACAUUAUGUUUUGCAUAUUAAAGGAGAAAGGGUCAUUGAUGUCAAAAAAAUGGUCAACUCUAGCCUCAUUGUCAGCUGUCACUGUAAAAUGGCUUAUUAACACACUAUGACAAAUGCAUUGUUUUUUUUUCAGAAAAGGAAAAUGAGAAUGGUGAAGCAAUGGAUGGUCAGUGUAAUGGUCCUUCUACUGCAAAUAAGAUUUCUCCUGAGAAUGAUGCUUCGCAACAGCCGCCUCUAACACAGCAAGGAAAUUUGUUCACAAGCAGAGAAGUGAAGAAAGAUCUGCCAGUGAAACAGCUGGACAAAAUGAGUAUGAUGGAUCAAUUAACACAGGAGCUAGGUAAAAAACAGAAGCUGUAUCAGCUCAAACAGCUAGUCACAAGCUGCUGCAAUAUUGUUUCAACAAUUUUUAUUGUUUGAGAGUUUCAGUCGACUAAGAGUUGAGACACAAAGCACAUUCUUCUGAGUUUUUAAUGAUCAGAAGCUUUAGUCUUUAUACAAGUAGAUAUGUGGAACUGUUAUCUUUUGUUUUCUUUGAUCAAUACUUGAGAAGGCAUAGAUGUAGAUGCCAUAAACCUUGAUUUACUGGUUUACUGUGGUUUUCUUGAACUAAAACUGAAACAACAGAAACAAAAUGGAUUGUACCUUGACAAACUAACUUGAUGUUAAAUUGAUAAACAUUGUGUACGUGUGUGUGUUGGGAAAAGUACUUGUAACAAAUUCAGACAAGGCUGUGCUCUAGCAAAGCCUAACUAUUGUUCCUGGGUGACUAAAAAAUCUUACAUGAAUAAAAUAGAAAUCAUAUGCCGGGCACCCUGAAUUUUGCAGGUUCAGCAAACUAAGCUUCCUUCAAUUUUUCUUAGAGCACAGUCUUGUCAGACCUUGUGGACAAUAGAGUGCAUUCUUGAUAUCAGGUCUCUAAUUUUGUAUCUUGAUGUUUAGCUCGACGGAAUACAGGAGAGAGUUCAACAAUUGAAAAAACCAUCCUCAAGACACAGAAUAAUAGACACUGUACCACCAACACCCAACAUCCCAGGUAGACUAUCAUGAGUUCCAUUAUUGAACAGUUGACUUUCUUUUUUGUACUUCUUUUUAGGCUGCCAAUUGAACAAUCAAAUGACACCGUUCUAGGUUGAGGGCUGGUGCACAAUAUACCAAGUGAAUAACAAGAGUUAAUCACAAAGAAAACACAAUGAUCUCUAGCCCUUACCAGAAACUCAUAAGGGGUUGAAAUGUGUAACUCUCAUAUGUUUGCUUUGUCCGAUGCUCGUGAUUAUUCAUUUUCAAAAGUACCAUAUUUGGAAUGAGAAGAAGAGGUGACUGACCAAUCAAACUUCGUAAACAACAUGACGUAAUUUCACUUCAGGUUCCCGCGCCCGGUUAAAAAAAUGGCCGACAAAUGGGGGGAAAACUCCCAAAAGCCGAGAAAGCUCUCAAAGGUUGAAACCAGGAAUCUUACCGAAACACUGAGCAGGAUAUUAUUGCCAUAACACCCGGGCUAAACGUAACAUUAUGAAACCCAUUGACGUCCUCGCAAGUACUUGAAGUUGUCACUUCAAAAAACGAUGCCUCGUUGACCCUCUUCACAGUGAACUUAUGCUGCAAAUAGGCUUUUAAAAUUCUUACAUUAAAAGUCUAGAAUAAACAGUAAAAAAUAUUUUCGAAUAAAAUUCAUUAGCUGCAUAACGAAAAGUGCCAAAACCUGAACCUGACAUCUUCCCAAAAAGUGAUGCGUGUAAUGAAUCUGAGAAGCAUUUAAGCUUAAAUUCAGCUUGGAUGUUGUAGUCACGAUCGUGUUUUUUUAUGAAUGAACAAACUCAAAACAAUAGACAAAGAAGCUGUUUCUUGAAAAUUUUUAUUCAAAGUCCAAAAAGUUAAUCCUUUAAAGCAAUUCGGAAAAACACUAUCUGGAUCGUGGAUCCGUUCACGCAAGUGAGCACAUGGCAAAAUUCAACACAAAAUCCAUCUCAAAUCGGAGCACAUUUUGUAAUUUUCCUCUAAAGCGCCGAAGAGAAAAAUUUAUAAAACGUCUAUGAAACAUUUAAAAAUACAUAAAUCCCCUUUCAAAAACGUAAUUGUCUUGGCCAUAGAGUGCAAAAUGUACCUGAAAAUUCAGCAAAAACUUCUUCCUUGGUUGCAUUUCAAAGAUGACCAUGCACUCCGUCGUGAAGAAAACAAGGUUGAAUUUCUAGAAGGACGAUUUCUUGAUGAAAAGCUUCCCUUCCUCCACAAAAAGAAAGCUGAGCAUUCUUUUGAACUUUCUCUUUCCAUUUUUUGUCUUUUAACGGUGUAUUUUUAACCCUGAAAUGCAGAACUCUUGUCUUAAAGCAUCUGCAUGGUGAUCGCACGGCAGCCAUUUGUUGAAAAUGGAUAUCUGUCACUAAGGUUUCCAAAUAUGGUAAAAGUGAAUAUUCACGAGCAUUGAACUCGAGUUACACGUCUCAACCCCUUACGAGUUUCUGCCCUUACUCAAUAACAUAAUAAACUUCACACAACAGAACAUCCCAGUUGUUGUGGCGGGAAGGGGGAGUGUUGUGGGUGGAGGUGGGUGCAUAUUCCAGACUGGGCACUUGUUUUUCCUGAGUGGAGGGGGUGUCUGUACACAGGCUAAUAUAAAAUCCCUAUCUCAAUGUUCAAAAUAAGUUACCAGUAAGUAACUUUCCUUUGUUCAUUCAUGAUACUUCAGGUUUGUGGUAGUUCAAAGUGUUGGCAAGGAUAGUAACAGACAUGAAGGCCAAGAGGAAGAAACCAGAUGGCCUGGGAGUGUAACACAUGAUAGUAGCAGCUAUUCCAGCUCUGAUGAAGAAGAGGAAACACAUGGUGUUGUUACAGGUAAUAUCGCUUUAAUAUGACUUGUGACUUGUACAGCGUGCAAAGAAAGUAGUCAUGUGUCUGAUAACCUGGGGCUAGUUGAUUUUGUUAUCGGGCUAGUGAUUUCUAUUCUUAACUUGAACGAUAGGCAAAUGAAGUUUUUUGAGGGAAUUCAAAUCAAAGACGAACUGUAACCAAUGCUCAUCAAAAAUUUUUUUUCAGGCUAGUUGAAAUGCCUUUUGGGCUAGUACAUGCUAGCUACAACUUGCCCGAAUGGCAAGCUUCAAAACUGGCUUUCUUUGCACCCUGCUUGGACCUGGUUGCACCUGAUCUUUUGUUUCUCUGCUAAGUAAUCAACAGUAUAGGCCUGUUCAAAAUAUACUUUGUAAUACUCUUCAAUGCAAGGCUUAACCUGAUGAGCAAAUAAGACACUGCAACAAUCAGGCUUAGAUGAAGCACUACCCAAAAUGAUGUUGAAAUAUGACAGUAAUAUUCUGUUAUUUCCUACAGUGGCCUAUUGAUGUGCCAUAUAAUAUGAAUUUAGAAGGUCAUUGCUAUGGUAAAAUUAAGUGAAUUCAUUAUGCAAAUUAAAAAUCAGUCCUCUAGAUAAAUUUGAUUUUGCAUAUGACAUUUGAAAUUUUGAACAGAGAGCUUGUUUAGAAUAAAUCUUAUUAUUAUAUCUUUUUUAUUGGUAUGUAACUUAAGAUGACUGGAAAAAAUGAAAUAGAUCAUCAUGUCACUGAAGACAUAAAGGCAGGGCUUCAAAUAAUGGCCAGUCAAUGGACAAUGUCCAGUCAGAAUUGGGUAUUGAACGGACGAAUCCUUGGAUUGCAGUACAUGUUGUCCAAUUAUUUACUCGUUCAAAGAAAUUUUCAUUCUUUACUACUUGAUAAGAAAGAGGGACAACAUUUAUGUUUCUGAAAGAAAAAUAAAGUGAAACUAGACAAAUUGUGACCCUAUUUGGGAAAAGCGGGCUUAACGAAAAUUGCGUUGAGCCGUUUUUUAUCGCAACGCAUUUGGAAACGGAAUGCAUUGGCGAACAUUCUUAAUGCAUUUGAAAGCGUUGGCAAUGUUCUCCAACGGAACUAAGAAACGUUCAGUAUCGUUUCAAAAUCAUUUCAAAACAUUUGGAAAACGUUUUCGAACGUUGAAAAUGCAUUUAAUGGAACAUCAUUAAUUCGUUGCAAUGGGAAACAUUCACCAAACAUUCUAACAUUGUCAACGACUGAGUUACAAAAGCUCCAAACUGUCAGGCUUGCUCCAUCAUUCGAAAAUUUAAAGCCACUGUCAUAAAUAAAGUGAUAAAACGUUUAAAACUUCACAGCGUGAGAAAUGUUCGAUCCGAAGAAUCAAUAAUUUGUUCCAUUUUCGGUUUUUAAGUCUGUGUUAUUAAAGAGGGCAAAAAAGAGGGGAAUUAAAUUUGAAAGCACGCGUUGUCGAAAGUGUUAUAGGUCUGAAUUUAUUUUAUGCUGUUCUUUCAGUGUUACGGCGGUGUGCGUGCUUGUGACUACCUUGUUUGAUAGCUCCCUGUAAAAUUAACAGAUAUCAGAUGCUUGAUAUGGGUCGCUGAUUUUAAGACUAAAAUAUACCAAAUUUCUACCGGGGGAGUUGUACUAUUUACCGACUUUUCCUUCUUCCCGUGUUUCCGGUUUUUUUGCUCGGGGAUUCAAUAAAUUCAACCAGUUCAGUCACGGAACACCCUGGCAAACGCUAGACAUUGUAUCCUUUAAAAGCAAAAACCUGAAAACGUGACAUUCUUCACAAAAAAUUCAUGGUUUUUAUCUGUACCAGUCAGCUGUUAUGAAGAUGUCAAAAUUUAUGAUCACGAAUAUUUUCUGAUCAAAGCUUGUUGCGUGACACUACCGUCAUCACGGCUCAAGGGUUUGGAAAGGUCAACGCGGUAAUGUUUUCCGUAUUACUGUUUUGAUUUUUAUGGUGUUUUUUUUUUUCACUGAUUCUUCAAUGGACUGCAUGGCUCGCAUGACUCGCUGGCUCUCAUUUUAUACACAUACAGCACACUUUUUGGCAGAUUUCUUUGCCAUCAUCGCUCGAUUAACGUUGCAAGCGCGCAAUGUGGUUGUCGCUUUUAAUCUCUAAAAUCUUCUGCUUGCAAUCGUCGCGACUUCAAUUUCGUCGGAAUUACUGAAGUACUAUUUUUCUCACCUUUGGUCUCGCUCUCUCCCAAUUUUUUCGUCUUGUAUCUUUUCCCUGAGGGAUUUUGGAGCCGGAACAGAUUAAUUUUGAAAGGGAUGUGAGAAUUAACCGACUGCAAGCAGUCUAGCACGCCGCUGACAAAGGUAGAAAAGGGCAAAAAAUUGGCAACCCCAAAAUUCUGUCAGCCAGCUACGUACAAAAAGAAAUGCACAACCUGAACAGUCAGCCUUACAGUUUUAAGAAACGUCUCAAGAACUUCUCUCCUUUAUUUCCAGAUUUGAAAGUCCAAGAAAGUAAUGUCAUGCUUUUCUCAAUUACCUCUUGACAUGUUACAACCUGAAACAACAUCAAACACACGCAAUGUCACAAAGAUCAAAGUUCUAUGCAAAUUGAUUUGAACCGAUCGAGAACAAAAAGUAAAAGCCUUUGUUUUCCAUUGCGAAUUCAUGUCGUUAUUCCCGUUGAUAUUACUGUUAUAUGGAGGUAUCAUUACUGUUCCUGACAAAAGUUGUAUUUUCAAAGAACGUUCUCAAGCGUAUCGAUGUCUAAUCAUCAGUGGCUUCAAUUAAUGUUAAUUUUUCGCAUCCUGGGUUGAACUUCAGGAACUAAUUUUAUCGAUAAAAAAAAAACGUUUGGAAGCAUUGCCAAUGCAUUGAACAACGUUGGAAAAACAUUCUAAAACGUUGGAAAAACAUUUAAAAACGUUGAAAACAAUUGCCUGCGUUUGAAGGAAAACGUUGUAAAUGCGUUGAGAAUCAUUGGAAUCCGUUUCAAUGCAUUGUAACGCAUUCAAAAUGCGUUGAAAUGCUUUUCAACGCAAAUUUCAUUAAGCCCGGUUUUUCCAAAUAGGGUCACAAUUAACGGUUAAGAAAUUCCCAGUAGUCACAAAUUUCCACGAUGUCUUCUCAAACUCAUUAAUUAUUCAUGUAAUGAUGACCCCAGCAGCUUGCAUCAAUUGAGUCAGGUGCAUGUAUUUUGAUACUUAAUGAACAUGCCAAUCAAGACACAUUCGAUUAGUUCACUUCUCUCAGAAUGUUGCUUCUUCUUGCUCACUCACAAACUCCUUCUCCUCCUUCUUGCACUUAAUGUGAAGCCCUUCUCGAACGCCAUCCUUCAUCUCGGCAUCUAAGCAACAUUGGAACAAGACAAACCUUCGAAAAACAACACACCAAAUUCAAUUCCCAAAACAGUGCAUUUUAAAAUUCUGAACAAUGCGGUCUAAAAGUCAUCAAUUACCUUUUGUCACUAGCGUCCAGAGGAUUCAAAGCUUCGGAUCCAUUUUUCUCCUCCAAAUAACGCUUGAGCACACAAAUGAUACCAUAGACAGUCUUGGGAGGGUAUCUUCCACCGAACUUUUUAGCUACCUCCAUCACUAAUUUUGACAACCAAUAGUUCAGCAACGGAGCAUCCAUUCUGGCAAUAUCUGCGCUCAGAGCGGUAACCUUGUGUAAAUCGUAGUCCUUGAAGAGACCACCACAAUCUAAUACAGGAACUUGAACCCCUCUUAACCUCUGCCAUUCACCAAAAAUGGUCACAGCCCAUUUGUUUUUAUACUUAGUUGAAGCUGGAACGGCGUCAUUCACCAGAACAUUUUCUUGAAAAGAAGUUUUAGGAACGCGAAAUCUUUCUGAUUUGGACUCAACCUCCAUCACGUGCCGUAAUGUUAAUCCACUGAAAAACCCGCCAGCAUGGCCGCAUAUUAAAUAUUCAUUUCAUUUGCCACGAAUAAGAAACAAACAAUAGCCUAUUGAGCACGUCUUGUAAUUACCUAUUCUUCGGAAAUAAUUCCACUAAAUUCUCACACUAGUUUCAGAAGCCAGCUCAAAAACUUGUGCUUCGGUUUUCAUCAGGGGUUUCAAACACCUCGAAACUUUAAAAGCACUCCGCCUUUGGUGGCGUGCUUUCAUCCGUUUCUUGAUGUUUGGAACCCCUGAUGAAAACCUCGCACUCAUUUUUGAUCCAUUACAUAAACUCCUAUUGCAAUGCAAAUUAUCAUGUCUUCCGUUAUUUUGUUUACUUUAGGUGUUCCCAAUUAGUGGACAGUUUUACCUUCGGCUAGGUACCUUUGACUGUUAAAUCAAGUGAUUGAUUGCCCAAACUAAAACAAAACGAUACAUUUAUUAAGCCUUUUCACUCCUAGACAACAUUAAAAAGUUAAAGAGAACAAACCAUAUGUCACUUCACCCUACAAAACAUGCUUGGGUACAAAGCUUUCUGGUGAUUUCAUCACUCGAUGCAUCUCAAAACUGGAGGGUAAAACACACAAAGUGGUAGAAUAAGGUUGUCUUUCAAGUAUGGUAAAUGGAAGAAAGACAGCUAGUGCAACAAUUGUACUUGGAAUAAGACGCCAUGCACUUUAUACAUACAGUGCUGCUGAAUUUCAAAAACGCAAGAUAAUAUGCUUAUCUUUACAUUUUAGUUAGCUUCUUUUUUCAUAUUAAGUAAGAGAUCAAUCCAAUCCUUCGGCUUUCUUAUAUUUUACACAUUUUAUUUUAAAUGUAGUUGUAGAAACAAUGUGUAAGUGAUUUUGCCAGGUGUAAACAAACGAUUGUGGUUGUAUCUUGCGUAACCAUUCCACAUAUGCUAGCAGAGAAUAGUAACACUAUUAACUUGUAAUUUGUAUUGCCUAACUGACUUGGACUCAUCAGGUUUUUAGUUAAAAAAAGGUUUAGUACAUACAAUCUGGGUUUACAUGUACUAUUCAGGGCUUCUGAUAGGUCGCAGAAAAAAAAGUCAAAUUUCGAGGGAUUUUUAGGGACAAAAUUGCGGAAAAAUUGGCCGAUUUUGCGGGAAUUUUCGGGGCAAACUUGGCCGGAAGGCGAUCGGUGAAAAAACUGCGGAUUUUGAGGUUAUUUUCGGGCAAAUCUCGCUAGAAAUCAAUUGGUUUUACGCUGAUCAGACCAGCGUUUUUAAUGUUUUUCUAACAGAGGUCAUCAUUUGCUCUUUCAACAAAAAUUCGCUCCAGAAAUGAACCAAUGGCAAAGCCUUUAACAUCAUGGCUAGUACCCAGUUUUUUGCAACAUAAUCUACGCCUGCUAGUUUCGGAAUGUUCUUUGCUGAUGAAGUUUUGACAUAAAUUUGCGAGUUUAUGGCAAGUAAAUAUCCCCAGUAGCUGAGACAAGUUUCAAAAUUGCUAUUUCUACCGGAUUUCACGCUAUUUUGGGUGUUUUUGUGAAUUUCGCGGGAUUUUGUGGAUUUACCUGAAUUUCGUGGCUCUGCGACCACGCGAAAUAUCAGAAGCCCUGACUAAUGCAAGAGUUAUGUCUGUUGCAAUUUGACUAGUCGUGUCCGAGCAAAUGCAUGUUUGACCUGAAAACAUAACCGGUACCUGCCCGGCCGUUAUUUGAAGUUCUGCAUAAAGGGGGUCAGUUCAAAAUAAAAUUUUGUUUAGCAGACAAAUUUAUAAGGAGAGAUAAUUUACUGAAGUAAAGGCCUGUAAUUUCAUUCUGUCAAUUCAGAAUUUUUCCUCCUUGUUUAAGUGCUUGUGGUGAAUUUAUAUUCAGGUUUAGUCUGUUGAAAAGUUAAUUUUGUCUGGUGGAGUAAUUUUUGCAGGAAUGUAUACAAUAGAAUAUCAAUUUCUUUAAGUGACAUGUUUUUUAAAAUUCCAAAUAAUUAAAAAACUGGGAUUCCUCUGUUUGUGAAAUUUCUAGUCUGUUUUGUCGCUGACUAUGUUCAUAUGAAAACUGGAUUUAAAAAAAUAUAUCAAGAAAUUCACCCAAAUAAAUUGCUCUUUAUCCAUGUUGUUUUCCAGGUCUAGCCUCCAAGCUGAAGAGGAAAGAUAGUUUAGCUCUAAAGCUUAAAAGCCGACCAAGUCAAAGUGAACUUGAAGCCAGAAACAUACUUCCAAGUAAGUCAUGUUAUGAAGCUUUUCAGCUGUUGAUAGGUUUGUUUUGAAAGUGGAUGAUAACAAUAAUUUUAUUUUUUUUUCUUUACCAAUGAGACUUGUUAACAAAAGUGUUUAGAGAUGAACUCCUACUUUUACCAAUUUAUUGUUUUGAUUUAAAGUGUUUGUUUUAAAAACUGAGUUUCUUUGCUUUUCAUCAUAAUAAGAGUAAUCAAGUGCUUUGAUUUCGAUUCACCAUAAUGUGAUUUGUAGUGGCAGUUUCUCUGUUACACUCAUCAUGUUUAAAACUUGAAAUAUUUUCUUCUUGGAAAGGUCUUUGAAGGUUUCCUGUACGUAAGAUAUUUUUAUUACAUUUAUUUUCAUGCUGUUAAAAUCCUCUGACCUGAAACAUUGUACAUUUUGCUUAGGGGAGGUUUGUGCUUAUACACUGUAUAAAACACAACUUAAAUUUUGGAAGAAUUUCUGUUUGACUGGAGGUCGCUUAAUUUUAUUGUGGUACUGGUACAAAGGUGUUAAGAAAUAAAUCACAGAUGAAUUCCAGAAAUCUGCAGUCAUGUAAUUAUUGAUGUUGAUAAUGGUUAAGUAAUUGUGUCUAUGGAUCCUGUAGGGUUUCUUUUGUAUUAAUUUCCUUUAAUCUGAUAGGCUUAAAGUAUUGAUUAAAAGUAAGCAGCAAGUUUAUUUCUUCUUUUUGGUACAAAUUUUAAUUAAUAUUCAGUUGAUUUUACAGCAUUUGAUAAGUGAUCUAAUAAGUUCAGAAAGAUUUUCAAAACCCUCUGUAUAAGUUGGGAGGUAGGAUCUGAAAGAUAUUUUCUUUCUGCAUAAAAUAGUAGCUUUUUAAACAUAUGACAGUGGUUCAAAAACACCUGUCUUAAUGCUGAUAGUUUCAAUUAACCAUCCUUCCAAUUAGAAACAAACAGCUAUUCUUUAUUGCACCUGGUGUCUUGAACAAACUAAAAAAUAAUGUCAUAUUGCAUGAAUUAUCUGUCUGAUAUCAGACAAGGUUUCUACAUUUAUGUCAAAUUUUAUCCCAUAUGAUAGCCUAAUGACCUGUCCUCAAUUCUGGAGUAUGUUGUUUAUUCGACAAGUUGUCUCUUUAGUUGGGCAAUCUCAGGCAGUGAUUCUGGAUUUAAGUAAGUGUGUGACAGACUCUUUCAGAUAACCAGCUUUUUCCAAUGUUAGCAGUUUAGUACAGUAUAUUCAUAUAUUUUUAAAACAGAUUGUGGCAAGGUUUUAUUAAUCAUUAAGGUUAAGUGUGACAAUCUUAACUCGAGUUCCUCUUGAUGACCAAUCUUUGUGUAUAUAAAACAUAUUCAGAAAUUUUGACGACUCUAUUGGUUUAAUAAUCAUGAUAGGUUUCUGAUCUCAGUCUUAAGUUUUUUCCAUUUAGUAUUUUAACCUCAACAUAUUUGGAUUAAUUAGUGGUUUUGUGGUCAUCUUACUUGCCUGUCAACAUGGUUAAGAACUUACACAAAUGCAGAUGACUCAUAACCUUAUUUGUAAAUGGUCCCGCUGGUGCUAAGGUGUUAUCCCCCACAGUUUCAGUAGUGUUAUAAGCUUUUGUUGAUUCCAGGUUAAAAUGAUUUUACCUAGGUUGAUUCUCAUAUUUCUGUGUCUCCUACUGCUAAGAGACAAAGGGAACUGAGAAUCAACCUAGGUGAAAUCAGAAUUAACCUGAAAUCAAAUUUUUCCUUUGACAUAAAUUUACCAUAAAGGCAAACAUAGAACAGUAUUAAAACAGUUUUUAAUAGUUUGUAUCAAGGAAUUUGGGUGCUUAAUUCAGUGGUGCUCAGAAAGAGGUGAAAAUAUUGUUAAUUGGCAAUCUUAUGAAAAUGUCAUACAUAAUUUUAAAAAAGUUUGUGCUGACAUAUGAAGGAAAUAAAGCUUCUUAUAGGUUUACUGGAAGAGCAAAUUACUGGUAGUCUUUCAACUGCCCAGCCUUAGUUUUCAAAAUAAUUUCACAAUACUCUAGGUUUUAGCAGAUAUGUAUUGUACAAUACUCUUGUUUAUUGCAUAUCCGUUAAAUACUGCUAGUCUUCACUAGGCAAUGGUGUUGUUUUUCUUAGAGGGACUAAUAUAUAAAUUUAGCCAGGGCUAAAAGCGAAGAUCUUGUAAGUACACUUAUAGUUUGCUAAAGCAAAAAACUAAGUCAUGUAAUGCUAAAUGGCGAUGGCAUCGAGAAUGCCAAAUAAAUCAAUAGGUCUGAUCGGCAAAUAAACAAUUUUGCACGUGCAGCACACUUUUUUGUACAUUUCUUUGAGGCCGUUUUUGCACGACUGCAUUGUGAAACUUCCUAGUUACUUGUUUUGUAGGAAAGAAGGUGUAUGUGUUCCUGUUCAUUUUUUUUUCAACUGAGCUCAUGCCAGUUUAAAACAUUUCUCAUUUUGUCAUUUCCCCAUAAAAUUGUCAUGUUUUCCUUCCAAUGAAAUUCAUCUCCUCUGAUGUUUUAUCUCUCACUGUGUUUUCAUUCUCAGCUAGCUUAGUUCUGACACAAUCAUCCAUACAUUUUGUUACCGAUGGUGCUAUGCUGCACGCGCUUUGUGCUCGAGAGCUCCACUUUAAUUAUUAGCACCAUGGUUGCUUGUGAUUGGGGCAUAAUGAGCCUCAAUUGUGGUUGGUUGGUUUUGUUGUAAAGCAUUGUAAAGGUUAAAGUGCACCGAGCAUGUUUGUUAUUUUAUUGUCCUGCGAAGUAAAUCAAUUAGAAAGAGUAUUUUGGUGGGAAAAACAUUAAUAAAACAAGCGGCUAUGAUGCACAAGCCAAAGUGGAUAAUAUCAUAUCAUUCUAAUAUGUAUGGAAUUUGCAAUUUUUCUUUUUGUUGUUAAGAAACAUGAGGCCUCUUACUUAACUUAGCACUUGUAUUUUAGGAGGUUAAUAGAUUUAUGAUUACUUUUAUUUCAGCCAAAACAGAGGAAGAAAAGCUUGAAAGGAAGAAUGAAGUGGGAACUAAACUUAUAAGGUAGCUAGACUGCCAUUAUUAAUAAAAUCACCUUUCCUUGUCGUAUUUAUAUUUUGAAACUGUUAUGUGAAGCACACAUCACUCUAAACUUCUUUCAGUGCUUUAGAGGUUACAUCAUAGUGUAGGCAGUAAAUUCUGAUUUUGAAUCAUUAUAUUAAAGAAGAAGGAGAUUUCAAACACCAGAAAGCUCAGAAAAAUUUUCCGAGCUCCAAGUGCGAUCGAACUCACAACCCUCUGAGUUCUAGUUCAGACCCUCUAACCACUGAGCUACCGGAACUCUAAUGACGAGCAAGGUCAGAAUUUAAAUACAAGUACUCCAGACUUUUAGGGACUUGUUAGUGGGCCAGUGUUAAUACUGACCUUUGGUUUGUUCAUGAUACCUAAGUUAAUAUUGCAAUUCCUAGGUUGUUGUCAUUUGCUAAGUUUUAGUCAGCCUCAUGAGUAAUCAAUGUUGGACUUUCUUUUCUGUGGCUCUUAGGUAUUUUAAGAUACCUUUCUGUCACUGUUAAGACUUCCUCUUUUGUACUUUGUGCUUUGGAAACUGGUUUUAGCUUUAGGUGUGUGCAUCUGAUAUGACUGGCUAUAUGAGCAACAAAAUGAAGCAGAUGCUGUUACUUAUUAGUCAGGAUAUGCCUGUCAUGCCUGUAUUGUUCAUCCAAGAUAAUUUUCGCCAUAAGCCAUCCUAUGGUGGUCCAAACUCUGCCGACUGUCUCUUUUGGGGUAAUCUCCUCUCACAUUACCCCCCUCCCCCCCUGCCCCUGUAAAAAUAUAUCAACCAGGUCUGCAAAUUAUAACAGUGGUGUUACUCAGAACAUUAUACAAUGUCUAACAUGAAGUACAAACCAUAAAAUUCGCUUUUAUGACUUAAUAGUUUUUUCAGUGAUGAUGAAACAUUGCAGCAGAAACCAUUUUGAGUUGAUGAAAUUUUUUUUCUGUUGGGAAACGAAACAGACUAAAUUUGAAACUAAAUCAUGGAAAAUUUUCAAAGUCAAUAUUAUUCUAAGAUUUGGUCUUCUGUAAUUAUGGCAGGAAAUUUCUGCCAUAUCUGAGAGAGAUAACAUAUAUGUUAUUUAAGUGGAUAAUGGCUUUGUUCUUCUGUUCCAUUGUCAUGGUCCUCAACUUUGUGUUAGUCCUCAGCAACUUAAAGCUAAAGCUUAACAAAAAUUGAACCAUCUUGACCUUGUACUUGCCAGUUGAUUUUCGGUAGCACCUGUAAGCUGAGGCUUCUUUUUACUGUAUGUUGAUACAUGUGGCUAAAUUUAAUUUAGGCGAGGUUAAACACGAGACAAUGCUGGCCAGCGGUCUCCCUUACUAAUCAUUUGUGGCGCAGGCUUAGGGAUUGGGUAGUACUUGGUGUAAGACUGCCCAAAAUGUCCCGGGCCACCACCCACCACUGUUAGUGCUGUAGCGGCUGUGCUCUAGUAGACGAAAUGAUACCUGUAGUAGCUGUAGUAGCUGUAGUACCUGUAGUACCUGUAGUACCUGUAGUAGCUAUAGUAGCUGUAGUAGCUGUAGUAGGUUUAGUAGCUGUAGUAGGUGUAGUAGCUGUAGUAGCUGUAGUAGCUGUAGUAGGUGUAGUACCUGUAGUAGGUGUAGUAGCUGUAGUACCUGUAGUAGCUGUAGUAGCUGUAGUAGGUGUACCCAAGUACUACCCUAGGGAUUUUUCAGGGUCCCAGUAUUUUACAGCGCUCCUUUGGAGGUCAAGUCAUUUUGCAUACAUUGUCUUUGUCUGUGCUUGUGCCAAAGCCUUUUUGCUCCCAGCCCUUUCCUCCCUCUUGGUGGGUCUUGUUAACUACCUGAAAACUUUCUACUGAGGUUCUCAUUGUGAUGAUGGCUGGUGGUUGCCGCUCACAUGGUUGACAUGGUUACCUUCACGCUUGCUUGCAGCUCCCUCAGUUUACUCAGGCACCUUUCCCACAUUGUAAUUAAGGGUGUCUUGAAAACAAAGACUUGUAAGACCCCCAACCGAAUGACUGAACUUUAUUGAUUAGGGUUAGCAAAGUGAGUGAAUCAGUUCCAUUUAGGUCAUUAUACUGGGUUUCCUAAUCCUAAUCUUAGGGUGUCUGAUGGGGUCUUAGGGGUCUUUGGAAAUUUCUAACAUAAUUUAUUGUAAAAUUGCUUAAUGCAUAUAUUUGGUGAGUUCUUACAUAACCAAUGAAUCGACUUGGGAACCAACCAUUAAUUCUUACUUAAAAACAAAAAUGUGUUCUAAAUAUUUCAGCAGACAUUUUUAAAAAUUUUAAGUGAAUGAAUUAAAUCAAAGAACAUACUCUCACAGCAGAAACCUCCUGUUACUUUAAAUUGUAAAUGUUUAGCUUUUUCAAAGUCCGUCAAAAUUUAUCAUAUACCGGUACCUCUCUUAUGAGCAAGGGUAUAAUAUUUUAAGUCAAAUUCCAGAAUAUUUCCUGACCACAAUGAAGCUUUUAUAGCAGGUAUUUAAUUCAUUUACCACCAAGAAGCACCUGCUGUGACAUUAUAAAUUCACUGAGUUACUCAAUACUUUCAAAUUAGUAUUACUUACUGUUCAUAUUUCUUGUAUCUCAAAAUGUAGUUUUUAUUUUUCAAUGUUAUUUGAUUGAUGCAUUUGAAGAUUUUCUGUGUGCUUUGUUGUACCACAGCUAACACAACCAAAAUCUGUAGUUCAUGACAUCCAUGCAGUUAAUUAAUAUUCUGUAUCUUGAUGGUUUCUAGUAUUUAGUGCCAGGUGUUGUUUUAAUUAAUUCAAUAAAUAAAUAUACCACCACAGUUUUCAAUGGUUAUAAUAAAAUCCAAGCAAAGUAGCUAACUAUGUAGAUGUAAUUCUUCCUGUUGGAGAGCCAUGGUUGCUAAAACUCUGUAAUGUGCCCAUUUUUGGGGACGUGAAGUUAGAGACUACCUUAUGCUGCUGCAUCAGCAUUGAGAAUGUCGCAUGUUCUGUUGAGGACAGUAUACUGCUUAGAAUGUGCUGUAGAAUAUACAUUCUACUUUCUCUACAACGGAGCAAAUGAGAACAGUAGUAUGCUUUGUGAUUUGGUCUGGAAUUUGGAAAUAGCACUAUAUUGUUUCAUUUCAAGGUGUAUUAAAUUUUUGUAAGUAACUAACUCUUAAUGGAUAAUUGUAAUGGUUAAUUUUGUGGAAAAAGUAGUAUUAAGCAAAAUUGUUUGAUAUGUCGCUAAAUUUACUCCGACAUGUAACUUCCCAGAGUGUAUAAUUUUAAGUUUAGGUAUAAGUUAGUACUGCAUCCUUGGUCAUAAGAAGGUUAUAAUGAAUUAACAGUAAGUUGAUGAACCUAGAGAUACAGUGUUUUCUUUCUAAAGUUGAUAUGAAGCUACUUGCAAGACAGAAGUUUCAUUUUCCAGAGGUCUUUCUGUUGUUUGAAAAUUUUUAUGUUAUUUUCUUUCUUUCAGCUGAUUUUAGCCAGUGCCUUGUUACUGUCUUGAUAUUAUAUUUUAAUGGAUUUCUGUCUCUGUGGGACAUUCCUUGAAUGCUUUGCUACUUGUGUGUGUUAAUGAUGAUACUGUCUGUCGUUACUAUAAGAUUUAUUGGAGCCAAAAACAACUGUGAAAUUACAUAGUCAUUUCAGGCAUCCUACUGAUAAACAGUUAGUUCAUUCAGAUAUUUGCAGGACCAACAGCCAUUCACCUUUUUUCACCUUCAAAACUGAGAGGUGUAUUUGUUAAAAUGUGGUAGAAAGAUUAACACUGUUGUGGCAGACCUUCGUUAACUACCCAGCAGUUACUUUAUGUAAAGUUGUGGUUAUUAUUUUAAAAGGCCAAAAGGGAAACUUGUGACUUUGUUUUGAUGUAGUUACAUCAAACCCUAGAUGACUACAAUCAAAAUUUAAUUUUAAUUUUUAAUUUUACCAAAUAUACUGUUGCUGCAAUAUAGAGCAAUUUUCUGUUGACGUGGAGGACAUUAACAUUAAAUUCUCUUUGCUUUUCUAGGCGUCUCAGUACACGGCCCACAGCACAGGAACUGAGAGAGAGAAAUAUACUUAAAUGUAAGCACAUGUUUUCUUUUUUCAGCUGGCCUUUUUUCUUCUACAAGAUAAACAUUUUGGGUCAGUUAUGUGUAAUUGAAGUCUAACUUAGACAGCAGUUUUGGAAAUCUUUGGACCUAACGAUCUCUUCCUUAGUGGGUCAUUUUACAAAGACAAACACCAUUUGCUUUUGUGAAACUGUUCACAAUAAAAAAAUUAAUGGUGUUUACAUAGAAGUGUGCGGCAAUCUUAAAAUGUCUUAGAAUGGGGUUUUAUUAAACACUGGCUAAACUCUGUUUAAAUAACUGGCCCUUUGUUUCAUGAAAGUGAAUUUGUUUAGUUUGGUAAGACAAGAUCACUUUUGACUUUUAUUUGGAAAUGAUUACCUAAUUUACAUAGUUUAAAAUGGAUAUGUGGUGGGUCUAAAAUACAUGUCACUUUUACACAGGUCAGAGUACAGGUCACCCUGAUACGGAUAAAUGAACAGUAUUAAAUGUUUCUCCUAGCCCUAAUCUCUUAACAAAAUACUCUAUUAGAUUGAGGAGAAUCUGCAUCUGGGCUGUCACUAAGAUUUCAAGUUGUCUGGGAAAUACAACAAGUAGGCAGGGAAUUCUUUUGGUUCCGCAUUCUUCCAUUUUCCUAUGAAAGUAGCCGGGGAAAAUGCAUGAUCUCCGAAGGUCAAUGACAGCCCUGCUGUGUGGUUUGGUUAUUUAUUGAUGGAGCAGUGACCUGUACUCUUGACGUGUGGAAUGUGACCUGCACUUUAAACCCGGCCUGUGUGGAGGUGUAGUGGCUGAGUGGUUAAUACUUAGAAUAUUCUCUGGAUCUGGAAGUUCACGUCUUGGCCUCUCACCUUCAUCCCUGUGUUAACUGGACUGGACAGGUUGCAACAAUUCAUCCUUCACCAUCCAGCAGUGUAAAAUAUUUGUAAAUCGGUGUUGAAUUUUAAUGUGCAUGAGGACAACAAGCAUAAUGAAUUUUUUCAUAUUGGGUCAUGCAGUAUUGUUUAAAUGAAAUGAAGAGACUUAAAAAAAAUUGUCCAGUUUUUUUAUUUGACUUGCCAAGUAACAUCAGGCUUUUGUGUUAAAUUGUUAACUUCACCUUACCUUUCCUCUCCGUGCCUUGUGGCACAUGAGGCCUCUGUAAACUUAACCAACACAUUGUAUUUUUUACAGCAUCUUCGGAAGAAGAGGCACAAGAAGAAAAAGAAGAAAAGAAACGAGUUUUAACAAGAAAGGUGUGUGACACACAUGUUGUUGAUGAAAGGCAAUAGCUGACAAAUAUCUAAACAUUCACCAUUUGUAAAGGAAUGUCUUGUAAAAUAUUUUUUUGCUCUAGGUCCAGUAAUACUAAUGUUAAUGUUGUUUUCAUUAGCUGAGUAGACGACCGACUGUGCAAGAGUUGAGGGCGAAAAAGAUCCUAAAGUUCAAUGAUUAUGUUGAAUGUGUUGAUGUUCAUGACUAUGACAGAAGGUGAGGCCUUUGUUCCUGUUUACAUGUUCUUAAACUGUAAUUUGGAAGAUGGAUAAUUCCUGUACCAGAAGGCUCGAAAAAAAUUCCGAGCUCCAGGUGAGGAUUGAACUCUCAACCCUCAGAGUUCUAGUUUGGAUGCUCUAGCCACAAAGCUACUAGAGGCUCUAUGGCGAGUAGGGUCAUAACAUAACAUAACAUAAAACUUUAUUUAAACUCGAAUUUUUGAGUAGCUAACAAGCUAAUAUCUUCGAACUGACACUACAUAAAAACUAUAUAGAAAAUAUAUAUAUACAUUAAAUGCAAGGAAAAAAAAUAUCAUUUACAAUUCACAAUUUUGAGUUUAACUAUGUCAGGCAAAAAGAAUCUACAUGAAGGUAACAUCCUGUAUUUUAGUCUUAAAGUCUGCAAAAAAACUGGUACAAAAAAAGUCCGGCAGUGCAUUCCACUGCUUAGCUGAAAAGUAAGAAAAGGAGUUAAGACCAUAGGUAGUUGUUUUAGGUUUACUUAGUGAAAGAAUGUAGUUAAUUUAAUUACAUUUUAAUUACAUUUAAUGGUCGGAAUUUAAUUAGAAAUACAAUCAGUUUCAUUUUAAUACAACUACAGACCCUCUUAGGCUAGGGAUCAGCUAUUUAUGGAGUUAUGAGCUUAAGUUGAGUUUGAGUAAAGAUUGAGUUAAAUUACCAAAAAAUGUCAUUUUUUUACAGACCGUCACCAUUUUUUUUGUAUUUUUUGUUGCCUUUUUUACGACUGGUGUGGGUAGCCAGGCUCCUGCAUUAGGAAAUGAUACUCUUCUUGUGUGCACAAUUAAAUACUUGAGAGUGCUGUUCACACGUUUAUGUGGAAGUAAGAUGAUCUUUUUUAGAAAAGCAAUAUAUUCAAACAUAAUUUUUUUAAAUGGUAUAGUCCCUUUUUAGCUGAUCUCUCUUCAUAGCUGAUGACAAAAGAGAACGUAAGGGUCAUUGUGCAAAAGAGUAGGGAAAAUAUGAACUGGUCUCUUUCCCAUGGUUGUUAAUGACUGGAAAGAAAUCUACCAAAAUUUGUAGUGCAUGUUCACAGUUUACUUGUAUAUUGGCAAUUUUAUCAAGUUCCUUCAUUGUUAAUCUGCCUUGAGCAUUUCCAUUCGUUUUUUAAUACCCAGUCUGAACUCCAUAACUCCACAAUUCGCAAGUGCAUAUGCAAAUUUAUAAUUCACGAUACUGGCAGUAUAAAAACCAAGAUGGCACAAAAAACAGAGCGAGUCAUGGCUUUAAAUGUAGAACUACUGUAAACACAGUCUUUCUGAGAUUGACCAUGAGGUUGUUUUGUUAAGGUGCUCCAGUCUUCUUCAGAAUUUAUUGUUAAAACUGUAGGCAAUUUAGUGUGCAUUGGGGGGAAUGGUUUCUGUGUAGCUAUAGUCUUUCAAUCUUCUUAGUGAAAUUGAGGAAAAUGAUGACAGGAAUUAAGAGAUGGUAAUCCUACAUUCUUUUAGCAUUGAAAUAAUGUGCUCAUUAUUAAUAGCCUCUUCCAGGUGUUCAUAAUGUGGUUCAGGGUUUUAGAGGCGGGAUUCCAAUGUAGGGGAGAGGGAAUAUGUGACUGUCUCGUCACCCUUCCGUUUUGUAAAAUUGAAAAAUUAAUUGAAUUUACGGGCAUGAUAUGUGUAAUGCCGAGAAUCUUUGCCAUCAUUUGCCUUCACAGGGUGUAAAAACUAAAAAAUGAAAGCAAAAACAAGAACCAAAUCAAUCUUAACCCAAACUCAACUCAGACUUGUAAUUCGAUCAUUAUCCUAUCUACUUAUGCAACACACCUCUAUAAAGAUGGAGCUUUAAAUAUAAUUAUUUUUAGUGUAUAUAAAGGAUAUUACAUGGUGGUGCGAAGAUAUGAAUUUUAUUUUCGAGUGACAAAACAAUAUUUUACUCACUCGCUGCGCUCGUUCGUAAAAUAUUGUUUUUGCCUCGAGAAAAUAAAAUUCAUAUCUUCAAGCCACCGUGUAAUGUUCUUUUUAUUAUUUUAUUAUAGACAAAAAGACAUCGAUAAAAUAAUAGAGGGAAAUUACCGAAAUUACGUCAUCGAUAAACUCACGUGUGAGAUUAUGGAAAAUAAACCACUCGGGUCCCGGAUGUAGUCUUUACGAAUUUUACGAGUGGUUUAUUUUCCAGUAAAACACUUGUGUCUAUAUAAUAAAAAAAAUUAUAUCAUCAUUCAUCUGACUCCAGCUAAAUGUUUGCUUUAUUGUCAAGGUUCAUCUCACACACUUGACGUGCACUUCAGUUGGCUUGAUAGGUCAACUACUAGAUCAGUUAUUUUCAUAUAUUAAAAUUCACACUUGACUGAGACUUGGGGAAAUGAAACAAAUGAAAUGUCCCACGAGCUCUAGAGAUAAAUGAAACAUUGCCAUUAAUAUAUUUCCCCUUGCCUGAAUUAUGAUAUACCGUAAAAUGCAUUUAAAUGCAAUUUAAUUAAAGGAUUUAACAACUAAGAGCACCUUAAGUGCGUGAGGUCAGCAGUCUUUGGCAUGCGCAUGCCCAGUAGCUAGCUAAAUCAAUCAUGUGAUUCAUUGGCGCAUUCAGUUUUUUCUUUGUGCUGGGUUCUUUCAGCCAUUUCCCCUCCUCCUCCCCCUAGGCUUUGUUGUUUUUUCUCCACCUUUCCUUUCAUGUGGGGGCUCAUGGCUGGGUUCCACUGUUGUGCCAAUCAUGGAGGCAUUAUUUCAAUGUAGGGGCUGGCUGCAAAUAGUGGAAGCCGCUGGAUACUCAAGGCACCAACCUCCAUUUUAGCGAUGCAGUUGUUAAAUUCCAAAAAUAAGCCCCUCCUUUUGUAAGCCCCCCAAACUCAUAGCGCAAAAAAUCCUCUGGUAAAUCCCCCCUUCAAAUAUAAGCCCCCAGGGGCUUGUACUUGGAAAUUGGCCUCAAAUACAAAGUAAAACAAAGAAAAAUGUUAAAUUUCCUUCCAAGAAGGCUAGCCCAAUCGAUUUUGAAAUGCAGAUUUCCCUCUGUACAUAAGCCUCUCAAAAAGGGCCUUUGAAAAAUAUGAGCCCCGCGGCUUAUUUCCAGAAUUUUAUGGUAUUUUGUAAAACUUAUAUUCUAAUUUUGUCCUUGUGUUUUUUUUUUCAUCAUCUGGUUUUAUUUUCUGGAGUUUUGAUGUUCUCAUGCAUACCAUUUAUUUCUUGUAAUAUUUCUUAUUCUUUCAGAGCUGACAAACCAUGGACUAGAUUAACACCAGAAGACAAGGUAAUCCUUUUUUAUUUAUUAUUUGUUCAGCUGUUCUGCUUUGCUGACAGGUUUUCUUAGAACUUACAGGACUGUUGUUUGAUUAUAUUAUUGACAUAAAUCUGUCCUUUCUAGGCUGCCAUUAGGAAAGAACUCAAUGAAUUUAAAAGUAAAGAAAUGGAGGUUCAUGAGGACAGUAAACAAUAUACAAGGUAA